GGCGCAUGCGCAGAAGGUCCCCACGUGAAAAUCUGCAUGGUGCAACUUCAAUGUGAAAGUCGCCGGCAACAUAGAAUCUAGUCUAGGUCUAGUCUGUUGCUCUUAUGUUAAAUGACAUUAUAUAGCUAGUUACUUUCUUAACUUGGAGAAUGUCGUGGUUAUUCGGCUCAAAAAGUCAACCACCAUCAACCGUUGGGUUUCCUCAGGUACCACCGCCACCCGGAGCCGGAGGUUCUGAUGGUGAUGAUGGAAAGAAGAGGAAUUCGAAAAUGGAAUAUUCUUUCGACUCGUCUGCUUUGGAAAGAGCUGCCAAAGCAGCCAAAGAACUGGAAUCUUCAAAACAUGCCAAAGAAGCAUUGGUUCUUAUUCAAGAACAAGAACGAACUAAAGCUCUUGAACAUCAGAAACAAAUAAAGGAAUAUGAGGCUCAUUUAGAGCAGUUAAAAAUUGAGCAAGUGCGAGCUGUAGCAGAGGAGCGUAGAAAAACAAUGUCAGAGGAAACCAAGCAGCAUCAGUACAAGGCUCAAUAUGAUGACCAGUUGGCUAGGAAACGUUAUGAAGACCAGUUAGCUCAACAGGCACACAUGAAUGAAGAAAAUCUCAGGAAGCAAGAAGAAUCUGUGAAGAAGCAGGAAGCUAUGAGAAUAGCUACCAUGGAAAAAGAAGCAGAAAUUCGUCACAAACAUGACUUGAUGAGAAUAGAAGCUGAGAUGAGAGCCAGGGGUCAAGUAGAAAGAGAAAAUAGAGACAUAAUCAAAGAACAAAUAAGGCUUAGAGCUGAGGAAGAUAGGAAAACUAAAAUUGAUGCCAUAAACACUUAUGGCCAAGUACUUGGCACUGGCUUAUCAACAUUCCUUAAUAACUGGAACAUGAUUACAGCUUUUGCAGGAGGAGCUACUUUGGUUAUUGGAGGCUACUAUGGUGUGAAACACAGUUUUGGUUUAGUGUUCAGAGCUGUUGAGUCCAGGCUGGGUAAACCCUCACUAGUUCGAGAAACAUCAAGAUUUACUGUUGGUAGAGCAUUCAAGCAUCCUAUUCAGACUGUAAAAAAUAUGAUUAGAAAGCCAGAUGAUCCACUUAAAGGUAUCAUUCUAAAGCCUUCCCUUGAAGAGAAACUUCGAGAUAUAGCCAUAGCGACAAGACACACCAAGAAAAAUAAUGGCUACUUUAGAAAUAUUUUGAUGUAUGGGCCACCAGGUACCGGCAAAACAAUGUUCGCCAAGAGUCUAGCCAAACAUUCCGGCAUGCACUAUGCUAUAAUGACAGGUGGUGAUAUAGCUCCAAUGGGUAAAGAAGGUGUCACAGCGAUGCAUAAAGUUUUUGAUUGGGCACAUACCAGUAGUAAAGGUGUUGUUCUGUUUGUGGAUGAAGCUGAUGCUUUCCUGAGGAAAAGAAGUGUAGAAGUGAUCAGUGAAGAUAUGAGGGCUGCUUUGAAUGCCUUUUUGUACAGAACAGGAGAGCAGUCACAAAAAUUCAUGUUAGUGUUGGCUAGUAACCAGCCAGAACAGUUUGACUGGGCCAUUAAUGACAGACUUGAUGAGAUGGUAGAAUUUGAAAUACCAACAUUUGAAGAAAGGGAGAGACUUGUUCGGCAUUACUUCCAAAAAUUUGUCCUAGAUCCUGCCACUGCUAAAUCUGGGCGUUUACGAGUAGCAGAAUUUGAUUAUGGUAAGAAAUGUCAGGAAAUCGCCGAAAAGACAGAAGGUUUAUCUGGGAGAGAAAUAUCCAAACUAGCUGUUGCCUGGCAGGCCAAGGCCUAUGCUUCAGAAAAAGGUGUCCUGACUGAAGAAAUGAUUGAUGACAUAGUGAAUGAUUCUGUUCAGCAACAUGCCAAAAAAGUAGCUUGGCAACAUGGUGAAGUCUUAACAGAUGUUUUCUACAGAACCAGUAAAGACAGGCACAUGUCGAUAAUGCCCCCUCCACAGGUGUCAAAGUCUACAUUGAGCUCGUCUGUACAAGAAACUAAACAAUCUCCAUCCCCUCCACAAGACUGCCCACCAUCCUAACAACAGUUUUGUGCUAGAGCUGUGCUAUUUUUUUUUUUAUUUGUCUUGCCGAGGAUGCAUGCUGACCUGGCUCACAGUUGGUCAAGAUUGAACAUUUGAUGAUCUUCAUGUUUUAAUUGAAGCUUUGGUAAAUGGCAGACCAUUAAUGUGUAGAUUUUGACAUUUUUAUUGUUCAUAGCGAUUUUCAUCAAUUGAUCCAAUGGUUGACUGCAAAAUGAUAAACCAAAUGUGGAAAUUAAAGGAAAUGUUUUAUACUAACUUAUUGGCUUUUGUGUGUGUUGAACACAUUUUUAUUUAAGAUACUGAUUAAAAUGGAAGUAUUUACAUCAGUGCAUGUAUUAAUAGAAAAAAAAAAAUCCAGAUGACCUACAUGUGUGUUUUGUAAUUUUUGUUUAGAUAUUUUUUGAAGUAUAGGUUGGGCUUCUUUUUUUAGGCUUAGGGUCUAUAGCCUAGGUGGCUACUUAGUCAUCGAUGGUGGUUCAGAGUGUCCCAAGGUAAUAAUCUUCAUUGAAAAUAAAACAGCUUUACUAAUAUCUAGCUAUGCACUAUGAUUACUGUUGACCUGGUUGAGUGUAUGUAAAAAAUGUAUGAACUUUGAGUAGUGAUGGUGUUAUGGUAGGUGAGCAUUAUAGACUUUGAUGUUCUUGUCAAUGAAAUGAAGAAUGAUGAUGACAGAAUGGACUUUAUGUUAAGAAUGUAUUUCCUCUGGCAGGCAUGUUUCAAUUUUAAUACAGUAUUGAAUGUCUGAUGUUAUUUUAGAGAGAUGCAUGUGUUAACUACACUUCUGUGAUGGUGAAAUGUUGAGUAUUUUGUUUUGUAAUUUUAUAUUAUAAAUAAAUAAGGUUAGUCCAAAAUCUUAAGAAGUUUUGCCUUUUAUUUUUAGGUGAAUUAAUGUUUUGAUCUGAACAAUUUACAGCAAAAUAAAUUAAAGAAAUCUU